AUGCAAUUGGGAUUAAGGAUGUUGAGACUCAAGACGAUGUUCGCUAUCCUGACAGUGGAUGAUGAACUUUUGAAUUGUCUCGUAAAAACAGUUCCAUCCCUGGCCUGGGUGAAGUUGUAUUCUGGUACGGACGAAAAGUCGGUUGUUAAUAACACUGCUAAAAAAGAUCACUUUCAUGAACAGCUCGAAGACGGACCAGCCGACUGCUAUCUUGCAGCUUUAUGCUUAGAUCCACGUUAUGUUCGCAGUGCAAUCCUGCAUAACCCGCUCUCUCUCAAAAUCAAGAUCCCUUGCAUUCCUUCAAUAGCUGUGCCCAAUAUCCUCACAUCGCCAACUUACGUCCAAGUUCUCAAGUACCUCAAGAUUGUGAUUGAAGCCGAGUUCAAGUCCCAACACAACCCCGCUGUAGGGAUUCAUUUCUGGCUGGGCUUGCAGAGACUGUUUUUACCUUAG